ACUAUUUAUUCUCUGAUUGGCAGACCUUUCCCUCCUUUCCCUUAAAAAGACCGUUUGAUUCUCCAAAAUUGCCUUUCCCAUAACCCCCACCAAACCCUCCGGCUCCCAAGCUUGAAGCACAUACACAACACUAAAAACCCAGAAGCUCAAGAGCCUCUUCCUCUCUCUCUGGAACCCAUUGCCCAUGUAUAGAUGAUGGAAACUGGAGGAUCCUCAGCUGUUGCAGCAAAGAAGGCAACCCUUACACCUAAAGCUAUUAUAUACCAAAAGUUUGGUGGCGAGGCUAGCUACAAUGUAGAGGAAGUACAAGAACCUGCUGAAUAUGGAUGCCCAGGAUUGGCCAUCCCACAUAAGGGGCCCUCUCUUUACCGAUGCAGCUUGCAGCUACCAGGGAUUUCUGUUGUCUCAGGAACCUUUAAGAAAAAGAAGGAUGCUGAGCAAUCUGCUGCUGAGAUGGCUAUCGAGAAGCUAGGCAUCCAAAUUUCCACAAAUAGUCUUACUCAGCAGGAAGCCUGGGAUAAACUGGUUGCUCGUGUCAAGUAUUUAUUUUCAAACGAGUUCCUCUCAAUUCUUCAUCCCCUGAGUGGUCACCUUAGAGCAGCUUUGCAGAGAGAAGGUGAAUUUAAUGGUUUGGUUCCUGUUUCUGUUAUGGCUAUCUAUGAUUCAAAGCUUAGCAAUCUUUGUAAAUUCAUUAAUCCAAAAGUGGAGUCAAAUCCAUUCUUGGUUAUACCAUUAAUUAUGAGGGCGGCAACAAGAUUAUCUGGCAUUCUUGCUACUUCUGAGGGGCAGCUUUGGAUUCGGAGGCAAAGCCCAUACCCGCCUGAGAUAAUGGAGUCUUCAAUUAGCCAACCAUCUGGCUCCCCAGAAAGCACUUUGAUUGAAGCUGUAUGUAUUCCAUGUUCAUCAGAGAAGGCUGUUGAAACUGUGACUCUUGAUGUUUCCUCCACUGGGUAUUACCUGGAUGAUAUUUCCAAAAAACUUGGUUUAACUGAUGCUGCUAAUGUUCUGAUCUCCAGGACUGUUGGUAAAACUUCUUCUGAGACAAGAUUGUACUUUGUUGCCCAUCACUUGUACAUGUUGGACCCGUCAUCCGAUCCUCUAACAGCACAAGAAGCUCUUCAUUUUGAAAGACCAUUAAAUGCAAGGGCAAGUUAUUUCUCUGGUCAUUAUAUAUAUGGAGAUGCAAUUUUGGCAUCCAUUGGAUACACCUGGAAGUCCAAAGACCUUUUCUAUGAAGAUGUAUCUGUGCAAUCAUAUUACAGGACGCUCAUAAGUAAGAUACCAUGUGGAAUUUACAAGUUGUCCAGAGAGGCAGUACUAAUGGCAGAGCUGCCUUCGGCUUUCACUACAAGAACAAAUUGGAGAGGUUCUUUACCAAGAGAUAUCUUGUGUACUUUCUGUCGCCAGCAUAGGCUAUCUGAGCCUGUCUUCUCUACUGUAACUACUCCUAUAAAAGCACUGUCUGAGUCACCAGCAUGUGGCAAGAAGUUGAAGGUUACAGAUUCAACUGAAGAAGAGAUAGAGCAUGAAAAGGGAUGUGCUAGAGAUACUGUUGCCAGGGAAUCUGUAGAAUCAGCUGUCACCUAUCAAUGUGAAGUAAAACUGUUUUCCAAGUGUCAAGAUUUGACUGUAGAGUGUUUCCCCAAAGAUUCUUUUAAGAAGCAGAAUGAUUCUGUCCAGAACACUUCCUUGAAAGUUCUCUCAUGGUUGAAUGCGUAUUUUAGGGACUUGGAUAUGACUCCAGAGAAGCUAAACAGUACUGCCAAUAGCCUUGAAAUUCGAUUCUGUGAGAAAAACUUUUUUAAGGAGUUUGCGUUGUGUAGAUCAAUUCAUAAUGUUUACCAAAGUGAGACUCAAGGUGCCAAAUUUCUAGACGAAAACCAUAUUAGUAUGCUAAAUACUUUGCCUGGACAAGGAGUUUUCUCUUUAAACAUUGAUGGUCCAGAUUCUGGUGUCUGCCCCUCCAAUGGGUGCUUGUUAUUUAUUAGUUAUUCGGUAUCUUUGGUGACAGAAAGUGGAAAUAGGAAAGAAGUUAUUGAAAGUAGUAAUGAGUUUGAGUUUGAGAUAGGGGCUGGAGCAGUAAUUCCCAACCUUGAAGUAGUUGUGACCCAGAUGUCCAUUGGUCAGUCUGCUUGUUUCAAAAUGGACAUGGCCCCCAAAGAGUUUGUUUUAGCUGCUGCUGCUGCUGUUUCUGCAAGGAGUCUUUCAUUGUUAUCUUCAAAAUCCUGCUGCUUGGAGUAUUCUCUAACUUUGUUGCGUGUAGCUGAACCUCUGGAGGACAGAAUGGAGCAGGCCCUUUUCAGCCCGCCUCUUUCGAAGCAACGUGUUGAAUAUGCUGUGAAACACAUCAGAGAAUCUUGUGCUACUACUCUGGUUGACUUUGGAUGUGGUUCUGGAAGUUUAUUGGAUUCUUUAUUAAAUUAUCCAACCACUUUGGAAAAAAUUGUUGGUAUUGAUAUUUCACAGAAGAGUCUAAGUCGCGCAGCAAAGAUACUUCAUUCAAAACUAAGCAGGAAUACCGAUGGUAAUGAGCCGAUUACAUGUGUCAAAUCUACAAUUCUUUAUGAUGGUUCUGUCACAGAUUUUGAUCCUCGAUUAUGCGGAUUUGAUAUUGGCACUUGUUUAGAGGUUAUUGAGCAUAUGGAGGAAGAUCAGGCAUUUCUGUUUGGAGAUGUGGUGCUGAGAUCUUUUUGUCCAAAGAUUCUUAUUGUUUCAACCCCAAACUAUGAGUACAAUGUGAUACUCCAGAAAGCUAAUCUAUCAAGCCAAGAAGAGGAUCCAGAUGAGAAAACCCACUCACAAUCUUGUAAAUUUCGCAACCAUGAUCACAAAUUUGAAUGGACUAGAGAGCAGUUCAACCGCUGGGCAACUGAUUUAGCAGCAAAGUACAAUUACAGUGUCGAGUUCAGUGGGGUCGGCGGAUCUGGUGACAUUGAACCAGGUUUUGCUUCCCAGAUUGCCGUCUUCCGAAGGAUGUCCCCACCCGAUGAAGAUGAACAUCUAAAAUAUACAGAUUCAGCACAUCAUCACAAAGUUAUAUGGGAGUGGAAUAGGUCAACAUAUUCUAGCUAACAAAUUACUGUCAAUUGUAUUGUCCUUUAGAAUGUGUCAGAUUGAGAUUUUGGUUUCAGUUAUCUUAGUGCAUUAGGACUCCUAGUUGGGGUAUCCAGUUUUGAUCGCAGAAAAAGUUAUGGUAAUGCAUGUGUAUGCAUGCACAUGUGGUCACAAAGUUAAUGCAAUUUGUUGUCCCUUCCCAAAUCAUGUUGCUGUUGCCUUCAGAUAUUUAUAUAGACUUACUUGGUUUUGUAAAUAUACUUACAACAUGGUGCUUGCUCGAGCUCCAUUUUUUAUUUUUUGGUAAUCAUGCUCAAGCUCC